AUAUCGUUGACCACAACGUUCCCUUUCAUUAUCUUCCUCUUCGCAUUGAGACUCGCCACAAUGGAGCCUUCAGCUAACUACCAAAUUUCCUCUCAAAUCUACUCUCCUCUCGACUCCUCCAAACAAGAACACCGACUCCUCCGCUUCGUAGGAGGUAAACGCUCUCUCGCCUGGGAACUCGGCACUUUCUCCCUCCUACCAGACCGCCAACAUGAACAUCCUCCCAUGAUUGCUCUAUCCUACUGCUGGGGUCGCGCAGCAGCCAACAAAGCCAUCACAUUAAACGGACAUGAAUUCCUCGUCCGGCAGAAUCUCUACGAUUUCUUGGUCCAAAUGGCCAGCGAGAAUCGACGCGAUUGGUUUUUUGUCGAUGCGAUUUGUAUUAAUCAGGAUGAUAUUCCGGAACGUUCUGUUCAGGUUACGUAUAUGGGACAGAUUUAUCGGAUUGCGGAGGAGGUGAUUGCUUGGAUCUAUUUUGAGGAUACGGAUGAUCCGAAGGUUAUGAAGCAGGGUGAUAUUCAGGCGCAUGUGAGGGAAUAUCAGCUUCUUGAGAAGGAAAAGCAACAAUCGGGUCAAGACCUUGCUCCAGAAGAACGACAUCUGCUCGACAGCUUGCAACAAAUGGCAUGGCAGCUCGCCGCUUCGAGCUCUUACUGGUCACGCCUCUGGAUCGUUCAGGAACUUCUUCUCGCUCCAAAUCUUACCAUUCGCUGGAUUAGUCUCACGUUCCACUGGAAAGACAUUAUGUCUUUACGCAUUCGAGAUGUCGAUAUCCCAUCCAUUGAACUAGAUCCUCCGACCGGUCGACCGCUCCGCCCACACCAACUCACCACAAUGCGGAAAGCGGGACUCUUUACUUAUGAGCAUCUACCCAACAGCGCAGAGAACUCGAUCAUGUGCAAGCAACUCUGGCAUUGGAAGGAUAGUGCGGGAAACGACCUACAAAAAGGAAAUUUGUUGAAAUUCCAUGAAGCUGUGGCGUUCUUCUCAGUUCAGCAAUGUGGUGUGAUGCACGAUAAUGUCUAUGCCUUGCUAGGUAUAGCCGAACGUGCGAUCGAACCAGACUACGACAUGCCUUUGCUGGAUCUUUACACGGCUGCUCUGUACAACUAUCUGCUGUCUUUAUGGUCUGUUCAGAGGUCUGGGCAUGACGGGAAAACUGCUAUUGGGACGAGAGAUUGGGACACGCUGAUCGAUCUUGGACUGGACUACAAUAAACUUCUGGCACCGGGUGAGACGUUCUUACACGCGUUUCAGCUAGAUCCAUUUCAUGAUCUGGUGUUUCUGAUGACAUAUGAAGUCUGUAAGCGAUUCUCGGAGGACGCGGCAUUGCUUGCCACGCAAGGACUUGCUGCGAAUUGGCUGUUUCAUACGGAGUACACGAAGCUUGAGGUUGGAGCGGCGGAUGAUUUGGUGAAAAGGAAGUGGUAUGAAUCAGAAGAUCGGGCGCUGAAGAGGUUUAAUAAGGAUCUGAUGGCGAGAGUGGAAAAGGCAAAGGAGAGACUGAACAAGCUCGAAAGGAAAGAUGGUGUUUUGGAGGCUCCACAUUGGAGUGCACCUAUCAAGGCGCCGGCGAGUGACGGGCGGACCAAGACUUGCUCGGAGUGGGUUUCUGGGGCGAAGUCUCUUUGCGACAACGUAUGGACGCGAUGGAGUCAAGCCCAGUAAGCCUCAUGCACCGAUACGCCGUUGGUGAGAACAUCGGCGUAGAUGACCUCGCGAAGCUCGGCUGGCAGCUUGAACAGAGGCGAAUCCUGCUGUGCGUGCAUUUCCUGGCCGGACCAUUUCAAGCCAGGCUUGGUGCUUUUCGUGGCCAUUGCUUUUACGGGAGUUGUUUGUUGGUGAUAGAAAGCAGGUGUCAGACCAACUGGAGUCGGAGGAGCAGGAGCAGUCGGCGGCAGCGGCAGGACGGGAAUGGCGGGCGCUAAGAGAUUGCAGGGACCAAGCUCCAUAUCGUGUUUCUCGAAGUCGUGCUGCAACCCGACGACAAUGGGCGUGUUGCAAGGCGUGGAAGUUCCUGUAGUAUGCAAUGAGAG